CUGAGCUCGUUCAACGAAACUGGCCUGUUCGGUGUUCUCGACGACGUGAACUAAGCCUAUCUGCUUCCUUGACGAAGAUCCUGCUGCGCUCGGCUCAACUGGGCCGAUCCAGAAUCGGCGCUUGUUGGCGGAUCCAUCGUGGUGACUCAUCUCGGCUGCUUUGACAAUGCUAGAGCCUCCGCUGCCCGCGCCUCCAGCGGAUUCUCGGUCUAAUGGCCAUUUGCCAGCAGCCGCGGCACGCAUCGAGUCAUUCGAGAUCUGCGAUGCCGACAGCCCGCUCCCCCUCCCCUCCUAUCAGUACUCAGCCAGCCAAGACCGGUCCUCCUCGCGGCAAUGGCGAUGGCUCAGGUGCUGCAGGUGCUUUGCCGUCAGCGAGUGCAGCGUUAUCGUGGCAUUACGGCACGAGUGGAGCAAGGACUCGCUGCACCUGGGGUAUCUGACGGAGGCCGGCACUCCCUGGUUCGAGCUAUUCGCCACCUCUGUGUGGCCGGCAUGCAUGCCGCCUGUCGUGCUGCUGCGGGUGCGGUACGGCGAGGCUGUCGCAUCGGUCCUUCUGCUCUGUGCGUGGCUGCUAUACGUCGGCCUGGCGUGGCAGCAGCUGCGGACGUUCCUGUGCUACUUCACCGAUUGGUCGAUGGUGCUGGUGGUGGCAUACAGCGUAUCGAUGGCACUGACUGGGCGGUAUGCUUGUCGGGAACAGAUCCUGUAUGAGGCCAGCACACGACAGCCGCACGAGCUGCUGAGGAUACCGCGGAUCGAGGUGUCGCUGGACGGGACGCCAAACACUAUCGGGACGGCCAGUGAGACCACCGGCGGAUCCACACAGAGAGCUGCCUCAUCCGUCAGGUCCGUCAGCCAGCCACACACAGCACACAUCGACAAGACGUGCACUUCUCCUCUCCCUCCCUCCCUCCCUCACUCUCUCUUUCUGUGUGUGUGUGUGUGUGUGUGUGGCCGCCCCGUCAGCGCUCUGGAGUUCCUGCCGCCCACUGCCCAGGUCUCCUGGUUCUUUUUCGGGCCAUCGUUGUGCUUUUCCAUCUAUUCGACAAUCACGUCGUGGUCAGUGCAGUGCCUGCCUGCCACAGAAACAUACACUUGUGAUCACAUCACGUGUAGUGUGCUCAUACGCAUCAGUCAUGUGCGUGUCUGUCUGUCUGUGCUGACCCAACUACUGUCUGUGCUGACCCAACUAACAGGCACUCACUGCGUCCCAAAGAUCCCCCAGCAUCAUACGUCCUUUCCCCCGUCCCCCAACUACUACACGCCCUCAUGACGGCUGUCAUCCUCCUCGACGCGGCCGUCGGUCGCAUCCCUUUCCGCAUGUUCCACGCCGCCUACGUCACGGCAUUCGCUUUUGCGUUUUUCGUCUUCUCAGCCAUCUACAAGUUGGCAAGUGGGGGUCAGGGGCUGCCUGAGGGCACCCCCAUUGAGGCUCUGUUUGACUACUCGAGCGUCCACUCGGGGUUUGAAGCCGUCGGCUGGAGCUUACUGGCGUUCUUUGGGCUGCUGUUGACGCAUGCAUCCUUGUGGCUUGCGCUGCUGCUUUGGCGCACACACGGUGUGCCCCUCACGCCAUGCUAUCGGCGGCCGACGGAGCGGCAGGCGACGGACCACAGCUCCACCACCCCGCAGCAUAGAUACCAGCCGCAGCGGGAGGAGACCAACGGGCAGCGCCAGUCGCAAGAGCAGACCUUACCCAGCAAGACGUUCUUCGAGUCUCUCCCCUCCGUGCCGCCCCUCCCAGCCUUGCUUGGCCUCUCACGACAGCGCCCCACAGCCCAGCCAGAGCCGGCCAUCGUCCCCCCAAUGGCCGUAAGCGGCAGCAUUGAGCUGACCCGACGGGCCAGAAGGCAGAGUAGGAGGGAGAGACGAGGCGGCCGCGGCACGAGGGGCAGGAGAAGGGGCAGGAAGGCGUCGCGGCGCCAAACAGGUGGCACUGUGCGCCAGUCAUGGCCGGAUCGCUUCACGGGGGCGUCGAUGAUAGGCGAGCUACGGUCUGUGAGCGGUCUGGGCGAGUACGAUCAGAUAUCGUCGAUUCGGAGCUCCGGGUCGGGUGCGGCGCGGAGCGGCAGUGGGUGGCUGUCGAGGGAGGGGUCGGCGUCGUUUCACUCAUCGAUCGACAUUGAGGGAGAUGGGGAGGAGGAUGGCGACUAUGGGGGCUAUGGAGACAUUGAGGAGACGGAGGAUGAGGGGGCGCAGAGCGCGUGAGUGGAUCGAUCGCAUUGCGACUGUGGGUGGGGGGAGGGAGGGGUGGGCCUGUUAGUCACGUCACCCACAUGUGCCUGAUCGAGUGAUUACAGACGGUCUGUAUCAUGUUUGUUGUGUUUCGGCGAAUGGCUGCGUGAUUGAGAAGAUUUGUGGUACCUACCGGUGUGUGUGUGAGAUUCGCAUGGUCACGUGAGCAUUUCGAGUACACGCCAAUGCGGUGACCGAGUGGGUGAGUCAGUGAGUGAGCUGUGCUAUGUACUUUGUCACGUGUGUCGGCCGCGGGCACUGCGGUUGGUACAGACAGUACAGUGUGUCGUCCAGUGCCUUUAUCCAUCCCUCCUUACACAGCCAUGGGGGGA